GCUCGUACAAGUCUCAGACUUGUCCACACUUACGGUAUCGUCGACAAUAGCAUCAGGUAUGUUCUUGGUUGAAAUUGUAUGCUUGUGGACUGCUAUGACCGCCCAUUGUCGUUUCCUUACUCUCAACGACGCCACUGUCCACACUGGUCAGUUAUAAGAUAGCCCGUUAACGAACGCAUGCUACUUCACACUCAACGAUGAAAUUUUCACUCUCCCAAAAUAACGCUGGUGGCAGUGUUGAAGCUGCUCCAACAACUUUCAACAUGCCGCGACUUCGACUCUCCCGUCGUUAUCUCCAUAUGCUUUGGUCGGGCUCUGCUGCUACGCAUGAGGACCAAAUGGAUGAGGAUGAUCCCGUUGCGGGUGACGAAAGAAAAUACACUGACGAUCACUCCGUUGGAGUAGAAACGCUGGAAAUAAUUUCGGUCCCUCAAUGUUCAGGAGAAACUCCGCACGUCAUCCGCUCCCAGCACGAUUCUGAUAUCGAUGCGGCCGGAGCUGAAAUGGCGUUCCAGCGCUUGCGAUCAUUCGUGGCUGAGGCACUCGGAACGUUGGCCAAACACCGUCCACCGCAGCUUGGACGGAAAGCAAAGACAAAACGACAGCAUAGCUCCCUGGAACAGGAAAAUUCAUCAAAGAUAGCGAGGAAACGACGUCGUCUUAGUGGUUGGGGCCGUGCGCGACAAGAGGAAGACCUGCUCUCAUGGCUCACUCACCCUCUGGUACCUCCCGAUGUGCCUUUCGAUGUACAUGCCCAGGACAAAAAAAUCGCUGAAGAUCCAUGCGACUCGGAAGUAGGAAACGCCUCCCCGAAGUCUGUCUCUCACGUAUCGGUCAAACGACUAAAAAUUGCACGUAGAACCUCUCUCACAUCCAUACCAGAGGAACGAUGGUCUUACUGGCUUACUCGCCCUUUGUGCACGACUCGGAUAUCUGAUAUAUCGGCUCAGGGGGAUCUGCAACCUCCAGCUUCCCCGCCCGAUCGCAGCCAAACUCCACCGAUUCCUGCGGUACGAUUCUCCAGUGCUUACGCAUCGUGCUUUGCGAAUACACGACGUCAACCUAGUGUUAUCCGUUGGAAGCUGCCUUGAGUACGUACUGCCCAGCAUCGGCAAUAUAAAAAUUGUAGAUAUCAUCUUCUAUGUCAAGUGUAUAGAUGUAAUACAUCACGAC